CAACAAAAGUUUGGCUCCGCGGAAUUAAAUUGAAAAAAAAUAAAUAAAAAAUUCUAAUUUUGUUUCAACACGUCACGCACCCACCACCACUCUCUCUCUCCAAGUCUCUCCAACUCCAAAGCUCUUCCAUAAAGAAAGGCAACUUGCACACACACACACACAAACACACACACAGAGGCAUCUCAAUUCUCUGUCUUUCUCACUCUCUGUUACUUCAAUUAUUUGCACAUAUUAUUAAUUAGGGUUUCAGCUCCUUCUCAUCUUCAUCCUCCGAAAUUCCAUCUAUGGAGAAAGCCAGAAGAGCAUCGCAUGCUGGUUCCUGGUACACCGAUAACCCUAGGAAGUUGUCGGAAGAACUUGAAGGAUGGCUGAGAGAAUCUGGGCUCACUAAAUCUCCUGAUGUCCGAGGUGUCAUUGCUCCGCAUGCAGGUUAUUCAUAUUCAGGUCGUGCUGCUGCCUAUGCAUUUGGCAACAUAGACCCAACAAACAUUACCCGGGUGUUCCUUCUUGGUCCAUCUCACCACUAUUACACUCCAAAGUGUGCUCUUUCAACAGCCACAGUUUACAAGACCCCCAUAGGGGACCUGACUAUCGAUUUGGAAGUAAUUGAGGAGCUAAAAGCAACUGGAAAAUUUGAACUGAUGGAUAUUCGCGUUGAUGAGGCUGAACACAGCAUGGAAAUGCACUUACCGUAUCUUGCUAAAGUUUUUGAGGGGCACCAAGUUAAAGUUGUACCCAUUCUCGUUGGUGCUCUUAAGGCUGAAAGUGAAGCCAUGUAUGGACAGUUGCUUGGCAAAUAUGUGGAUGAUCCACAAAAUUUCUUCUCAGUGUCGUCAGAUUUUUGUCAUUGGGGGUCUCGAUUUAAUUACACGCACUAUGACAAGAAACAUGGGGCCAUACACAAAUCUAUUGAGGCUUUGGACAGGAUUGGAAUGGAUAUAAUAGAAACUGGAAAUCCAGAUGCAUUCAAAGAGUAUCUGUUGGAGUUUGAUAACACCAUUUGUGGGCGCCACCCAAUUAGUGUUUUUCUGCAUAUGCUGAAGAACUGUUCAACGAGCAUAAAGAUCAAUUUUCUCCGAUAUGAGCAGUCGAGUCAGUGCAAAACUAUGAGGGACAGCAGCGUAAGUUAUGCAUCUGCAGCGGCAAAGGUAGAUGCUUGAAGAUGUAUUCUCCUUUGUGACAUUAAGCAAUUUAAUUUUCGUCAAAUUGACUGUAAUGUUUAACUCAAGUAAAUACGCAUUUCAUGAACCCUCCUAGGGUUCCUCCUGCUUGUAGAUUGCCACUAAUAAUGGAUACCCUCCGAUUUCUUAUAUUUAGUUGCA